UGGACUUGGGCGUUGUACUCCGCAUCUCAUUUGCGGCGGGGCCAAUUUCUCCAUUUACAAACUCGGCUCGGAGAGAAAAAAUUGAAAGAAUUCGCGUUUUCUCCUUUCGCGUCUUCGCCACAUUUUUUCCCCCCAAACCCCCGCAGCAACUUCUCGCACGUCCUCCUCUGUUGUUCUGUUGCGGUCACUUCGGCGCUGAUUCCCUUUUUUUUUCUCUCCCCCUCGCUCGGAAGAAGGAGGUGUCGGCGCUCGACUUGCACAUUUUUUUUUUCGGGGAGGAAGCUUGCGGUCUUUGUUCAAUCAUUUGAUCGGUUGGGUUUCCUUUGUUGCACCAGAAGCAUGGGAGCACAAAUCUCCAAAACCGCUGGAAAAGAGGAAGCUGCGGUCGAAAAGCCGGCAGAAGGCGCGGCUGUUGCGGCGAAGACGAACGGACAGGAGAACGGCCAUGCCAAGACCAAUGGGGAUGCCUCUCCAGCUGCAGAGGAGGCCAACAAAGCCGAAGUGCAGGCCAACGGCAGCACUCCCACAGAGGAGGCGCCAAAGGAGGAAGGCGAGAAAGUAGAGGUUGCCGAGGCCAACGGCGAGAAGGAGCCUGCCACAAACGGAGAGGCCGCCGCCAAACCGGAGGAAGGUACCCCGUCCACCAGCGACGACGGCAAGCAGAAGAAAAAGCGCUUCUCCUUUAAGAAACCCUCCUUCAAGCUCAGCGGCUUCUCCUUCAAGAAGACCAAGAAGGAUUCUGAGGAGGGAGCAGCACCUGAAGAGGCAGCCGAAGGAGAGAAGGCGUCAGAGGAGGCCCCCGCCGAGGAGGCCAAACCAGCCGAGGCCGGCGAGGAAGGAGCCAAGGAGGCUGCAGCUGAGGAGCCAAAGGCCGCGGAGGAGGAGGAGAAGAAGGAGGAGGUGAAGGCAGAGGUGGCGGAGGCGGCGGCACCAGCAGCAGCACCAGAGGGAGGUGAGGAGAAACCUGCUGAAGCUUCACCUACUGAACCAGAGACGGCAGCCAGUCCAGAGGCAGCCGCCGCUGAGUGAUCCUGCUGAGCGAGACACCGGAAUGAAGGAGGCAGAUGUGAAGGAAUGCGAGGACUUGUCUAAAACCAGGGAUUUUUUUUGUUCCAUUUUUUAAAAUUGUUUUUUUUCUUUUUUUUUUUUUUUUGUUGGUGUUUGUUUACUAUACUGCAACCAUCUCAUCCAUAAUGACUGCAACGUCCUUGGCAGUGAUGGACAGGAGGUGUACUGGAGAGUGUGCUGCUGCCUCCUCACUGCUCAUUGGUGCUUGCAUUUGUGACGUGGGUGAGUGUGAAAGUGCGAAUGCGGGUGUGAAUGUUUUUUUUUCUACAUGAAAUCAUGACUGUGUUGACACGUUGCUGAAUUUGACAUAUUUUAUCAAAGUAUUUGGUGCUGGGCAAUUGGAUGUAGCAGCUGAAGCUGUGUCUGCAAGAUUUGACACAUUGUGAUAUUUAAAGGGAAAGUCCUAAACCAAGUCUUAAAUGUUGUCUUUGCAGUGCACAGUUGUUUACAACUCUUCAAAAACUCAAACGCUCCUGUGGACACAACCAUUCCUGAAAGAACUAGAUUUAGUUAACUGUCGAAAAAAACAAUAGGUGCUCAUCACUUCCCAUUUAGAUCCCACCAUUUCAAAACUCUGUAGUAAUGCACGUUGUAUAGAAUUUGAUAUUACUGGUUUUAUGACUGAGAUGUACCUAAAUGACUGAAGUUUUUAACAGAUUACCCAUUGUAAAUGAAGUUUUCUUGUUUUUCACCAUUUGUAAGAUUGAAUAAAAUUGGGAGAUGUUUUAAGCAGA